CAUGAGUCUGUGCAAGGAGUACUUCCAGUCGCCCGACAGCCCCGAGGUCCCCCUGAAGCACCUGCCCACCCCGGGUGCCGUGUCCCCCUCCCCCGCGCUCACCGGCCACGCCCACUCCACCCGGAAGGACAUUGUACAGCUGAUCCGGGAACUGGAGGAGUCCAAGGGCUUCUUGCAGCGUCUGGCGGACAGUCUGUGCCGCGUGCCCGUGCUCUACGACCAGGAGAUGCAGAGUGAUACCUGCUGGAACGGCUCGGCUGUCGGGAGGUACAUGAAAUCAGUCCCAGAGGCCAACAUGAUCAGCCAGGUGAAGCACAACUCCGAGGUGACCGUCACUCUGCUAGUGGACAGAGGCAUUCUGCUCAUCAAGGACACGCUCACCCACAUGAGACGGGUGAGUAAAUAUCACUUAUAAACGCAUACGCAUACA